GCGAGUAGUCACCGUUUUCAUAUUGGAACGUGUCCCGAGACGUCAACCGGAAGCAGCUCCUCUCUCUUUCUCCUCCGCUUCCUAGCGAGCUGGAGUCUGUAUCGCAACAAGACAAACACGACUAGAAUGUUCUCUCUUAUUUGGUGCCGCUUGUUGGCAGCUUUCAAGUUGUACCUGCUUGGCUUGGAGGUCCUUGUGAUGCAGCUCCUCAGCACACGCUUCAGGUUGCCAGCGAUGCCCAGACAAGAUGGCAAGGUUGCCGUAGUGACAGGAGGAGACAGUGGAAUCGGCUAUGAGGUCGCCCGCCACAUGGCCAAGCUGGGGGCACACGUUAUCAUAGUACGUCUGCGGAGGUCCCGGACCCCCUGUUGAAGAACUCUGCUUUUGAGGAUAGGUCUUUAUUGUCAUUGCACAAGUACAACAAAACUUAGUUUUCAGCACAAACCCGUUCAAGAUUAGACAAACAAACAGUGUACUGGGUUACAGAACAGGAACGCUGAUGGGUCGUCACAAGGCGCCCCGUAAAAGAUGGAAAAAAGGUAAACGCUGGGGAAGGAUGAGUAAAAAAAAAAAGAAUACAAUCUAGACUGGGAAAAAACCUCCAUAGCAAAGCACAUAUCCAACAUAUUACAACGUACAUGUAAAUAAUUCAAUGUAUAUACUCUGAUGAUUAAC